GACUCUGCAGAGAGAGUGGGAGGAGGAGGCGGUCUCUGUCAGCGCUCUGAACACAACUGUACAGUCGAGUCUUCUCCCAUCAUUCAGCCGCAGCCCUGACCAAACACACUGCUGCUGUCACUGAUUCAUUUGAUCACUGACGUCGUCUUUCUUACAGCCUACAGUCUCAUUGGUUUUGUUUAAAACUGUAAGUGUCGCCGUUACAUCCAGUGGACUAUUUUAGCUCGCGUUUGGACAGCUUAGUCUACUUUUACGCAUGGUGCAUUCCAGGAGAGGCAACUGGACCGACCUGAGCUCUGAAAGUACGACAUUAAAGCCCGAGCUUGGAGAGUUGUUUAAAAGAUAACUUGAGCUGUCUGAACUCUUCAUCUGUCGAAGCCAUGUUUUCCAAAGCCACUGCCAACUUCAUCCGUCAGAUUGACCCAGAGGGAAGCCUCAUCCACGUGUCCCGACUGAAUGAUUCACACAAACUGGUUCCCAUGGCACUGGUCGUCAAGCGCAACCGCAUCUGGUUCUGGCAAAGUCCCAAGUACCAACCAACAGAUUUCACCCUCAGUGACUUGUUGCAGGGGGACAGGGAGAUCAGUCCUGGAGUGUCUGAGACAGAAUUCCUGACCUACAAGGGGACAUUUGGAGACAAGCUCUCUGGGAAGCUGGACACCGAGGCUGGCUCUGUCAGUGUCACACUGGAGGGACAGGGAUCCUCCAAGCUCCACUCAUGUUUUGGCAAGCUGAAGAAAGAGGAACUGGAUGUGAAGAAGCUGCUACACGACUCCAGCAACAGGCAAGUGGACAUGCAGCACGUGCUGAUGCAGCAGCUGAAGAAAGGAGCUGAAGUGCUGGUGGUGGUGAAGGAAAGGAUCCUCACCACCAACCCCUGCACCGUCACCCAGACGAAGAAGGAGCAGUGCAGCUUUCAAGGGGUGCUCGGGCUGAUGGCCAUGCUGGGGAGCUCGGUUAAGGUGUGUGUGAAGGACAGAAACAACAUUGUGGCCGACAGCGAUGUCUCCUUGGAAAUCCCGUCUGGUACAGUGAUUGCAUACAGUGUCCUGGAGCUGGAGAUUAAAAAGGAUGGGCACUAUGGUAUAUGCCUACAACCUGGCACAAUAGGAGGCAUUGAAUCAGAUUCAACUGUAAUGUCCUGGCCAUCUAAUAAUUCUUUGAAUACGGUGGACGGCAAGCACGGUGAGAUGCCUCCAGAGGAAGUACCUCAGAGUGCUCUGCUAAAUGGAUGGCAGAAGAUGGACCUUUCUCCUCUUGCAGAGCUCCCUGAGUCAACUCGUUGGGACUUAUUCAAGAGACUCCAAGAGACUCUGAGGGACAGAACUGCUCUGUCAUACCUGCAAUGUGUGCUGGAGGGCUUGUGUUGUGGUGAAACACCUGACAUGGUCGAGUAUGAAGAGCUGUCGGAGAGUCAGAGAAUGUUAGUGUCAGCCAUACUGGGCCGACUGGGCAUAGACAGUCCCACUGGGAACUGCCAGGGUGGCCUCUCUGCUCACAUAAAUGUAGCUCACAUGUUGGUCAGUGCUGUGGAAGAGUUGCCUGAUGAAACUCUGAGCCUUUUGAGUGAGAGCUGCCCUGAUUUUCUGGAGGCCUUUGACACACUGAUGUGCAUGUUGAGGGACAGCGGCUGGCCCGUCUUCGUCCAGUGUCCUCUGGUCCUGCUGCAGGACAGUCAGGCCUUCCAGCUGGCAGAACAGCUGCUCAACCCCACCAGUGUGAGAAUGCGGAGAGACACCGACAGGCUGUGGAUGGAGACAGGAAGUAAAGCACAAGUGAAACUGUUGGUUCUCUAUCUCAGCACACAUGGGCUGUCCCUGCUUUGCAAAGGGCUAAAGCAGUAGAAGUAUCUCUAGGUGCACUUUAUUUCUUUCAUGUGAAUUACUUUUUGUCCAUUUCUUUCUUUCUUUCUUUCUUUCUUUCUUUCUUUCUUUAUUGUGAAGUUUAAUGAAAUAAGCUUAAUAUAAUUAUUUUAUUAUUAUUAUCGUAGAAGUUUUCAUUUGGUCUACUAUUUGUAACUUUGUUGCACAGAUAUUAAGUAUUUUAUUGUUGUCCUUUUUAUCUUGACCUAUAUAUUUGUAUUACUUACCGAGCACUUCAUAUGUUUGUAUAAAAAAAGAUUUAUAUAUAUUUUUAAUGUGAUGAAUUGGCAGAGCUCUGAAAUGGUUCACCAAUGUGUCUCACUUUUUUAUAACUUUUAUAGGUACUUGAAAAGGCACCUUACAUAAAACUGUUGAUAACACAUAUUUAAGUUGAAAGCUGUGUUGCAUGCCUAAUCUUGCCAGGAUGUUUAUUUUCUCCAUUUUAUUGCUGAUAUACAAAAGAUGCCAUUUAAUACAAAACCAACCAAAAACCAUUGAUGAUGUUUUUGAUUGUUUUUCAUAUUUACAUUAUAUGUAUUUUUUUUUUUUUCCCAUGGUUUAUUUAAAUUUUUACAGUUAUAGAAUCGUUGCACAAAUAGAUUCAGCAAUUACAAUAUGCAUUAAGAUACAUCAUAGAUUUACGAGUCAGUCUUAUAACACCCACAACCUCCCCUCCCUCCCGCCCGACCCCCCAUCCUAGCUUAGGCUGUGCUAAUCAAUAAAGAAAACAGUAAGAGACAAAACAAAUAAAACGAACUAAAGUAAAACCAGACAACAACACCAAAUCAGAAAGACUACACAUACAAACAAGCAGACAAAA